AUGAAUGCAAAUGAUGAAGAUGGAACGGACCAGCAGUCUAUCAAGCCGGUUUCGUCGCUGCUAUCACACUUCGAAAACCUCUCUCAUACCAAACGUGAAGCUCAGGAUGGGCCGGGAUCGCUGCUAAAAACACCGCCAGCGGCAGAUAAUGUCACGACAGGCCGAGUUUCUUUAGAUCUGCCUCGAUCAAACACAUCAUGUGGUGGUUCCCAGCGGCCGAGUCAGGGCUUCUUGCGGCCCCAACAGACUGGAGACUCCCCUACCCGACGACCCCAGCCACGCCCGCUAUCUAUGAACUUACAAUCGUCGCCUCCUGGACGGCCUAUAUACACUGCGGAAUCGUCUCGAGCUCCGCCGCAACCAAACUUCUCGUACAGCCAGAGCUUCCCGCAUACCCAGAGCCGCCCACCCCACGCUUUUUAUGCGCCUAAUGGUCAUGCGACAUCAAAUGAGCCCUCCAGCAGCCCUCCGUCAUCCUCGCGCACCUCUACACGCCCAACGACACCGCUCGACAGCCAGUCACACUCCGUAUCCAUAGACACCAGACGUACUACUCCAGUGAGCCAGCGUACUGGGCAUACCGGGAAGAGCACUUCGGUUCCACCUCCCGUAAAUAGAGCGGAGAAGCCCAAGAUUCCUCUUCGGAAGCCAGGUAUCUCACCCGGCCACGAUGCCCCAAGUUCGAAUACCCUUGCUCCGCUGCCGUCAUCCCAGCGUACGUCGAUGGAUGAUAGAAUAUCACCGUUUAGUACCCCUCCUAGCAGCCCGGAGAAAGUACCUGGAACGCCAAAGCUCAACGGAGUUCCCGAGCCAUUGAGUCUGGGUGACACUCAUGUCACAAGUCGAAUGCAACAGUCACAACCAGCUCCGCGGCCUUCACCGGGACCAAUCUCCAGAGAAGGACCUCCAGUAUCGAGGCUAACGAAGGGUAACUUGAUCAGUGGCACAGUUCCAAAUGCAAUAUCACCUCGUCUACCUCCAGGCUUCGGCGCUAAAGCUGCAGCCGCUAUUUCUAUCACACAACCCUUUCAUCGGCCAAAUGACGAUGGUGAUCAACCCGUCCGGCAGAAUGCGCAGGUGCGACGCCCUUCUCCUGCGCCACCGCGCAAGUUGGACACAUCAAGGGCUGCUUUGGGGAUGCAUAGGGAAGAUCUACCCAGUCCUCAACGAGUAGUAUCUGCUGUGGAACCUCAGGCUCAAAGCCCAUACAAACUGCCCCCUAGGUCAUUGAGCAUUAAAUAUUCUAAACCGACACCUCCUCCUCCUCCACCUCCUCGAAGAGAAACAAGUAAUCUCUCCGUCAAGUCAAAUCAAAGUACAAACCGCCCUCCACCCCCUCCCUCGAACCCUCCAACUCGCUAUCGACCGCCAGCCACUGCAACUACCAAUGAUAAUGAUGCAAUCAAGUCUCUAGAACAGCUCACACGCCGCCCAGAACCCGUUGUUGUCACUGAUACAGACAUCCAUCCGGAUGCUACCCAUACAAACCGUCGUCCUCCAUUUUUCAGGUCUGGAGCCGCAGAUGUGUACACUAAGUAUGAUACUCGGGUAUUUGAUGUGUGUGGACAAUAUGCAUGUACAACAGGUUUCUAUACUAGGGUUUGGGACCUUGUUACCGGGGAGAUGGUCAUGAGCUUGAACCACGGUGAGACAGUGAAAGGCUCUGCAAUUGCAUUUAAACCAGGCAGAACUGUUGAUGAAGAAGGAGCCAUCAUAUGGAUUGGUACCACCGCUGGGGAACUACAGGAGGUUGACGUCAGGACUCAGGCGAUUGUUAACACGAGGCCAGCUCACUCCCGUCGGGAAAUUAUCCGAAUAUACAGAUACCAAAAGGAACUCUGGUCUCUGGAUGACGAAGGAAAACUUCUAAUAUGGGCCCCAGAUGAGUCGGGUGCCCCGAACCUUCAAUACAGUUACAACCACCCAUAUGACCGCAUGGUAAAGGGGCAUACAUUUUCAAUGGUUGUCGGAGACACCAUCUGGUAUGCCUCUGGCAAGGAAGUGCGGCUCUACAAACCCCAUGCACAUGAUACCGCCUUUCAAGUGCUCACGUCACCUCUGGGUAAACACCAUUCAAGUGAGGUGACCUGCGGAACAAUGACCAGUAGCAACGGUGGUAUGGUAUACCUUGGGCAUGCAGAUGGCAAAGUGACAAUUUACAGUUCAAAAAACUAUGCGUAUCUUGGCACUGUCACCGUCAGUAUGUACAAGAUUAGUUCCCUAGCCAUGGUCGGCGACUAUCUAUGGGCGAGCUAUAAGACUGGCAUGAUCUACGUAUAUGAUAUCACAACGAACCCAUGGACAGUCAAAAAGGAUUGGAGCGCUCAUAACCAUGGGGUUUGUGGGAUAACACUUGACCUGAGCUCAGUGUGGACUGUUAACAAGCUCCAAGUUAUAUCACUUGGUGUUGACAACUAUCUUCGUAUCUGGGAUGCCAUGCUUGAGGAAGACUGGCUUGAGGCCAGGAUGCAAAGUAGAGAUGUUGAAUACUGCCAAUUCAAUGAAAUUUCAGCCGCAAUUGUCACCUGGAAUGCUGGUGCAACUGUUCCUGGCAAAUUACCAAAUAGCAAUUUCAUUCGAGACGCUAUUCACCCUGAAAGCGCUCCGGACAUAUUGGUAUUUGGCUUCCAAGAGCUUGUUGACCUUGAAGAUAAGAAGAUCACUGCAAAGAGUUUCCUGAAAGGCAAAAAGAAAGAUGCCGACAAAGAGAGGAUGAGUAGGCAAUACCGUGUCUGGAAGGAUUAUCUUGCAUUGUGCAUCCGUGAGCAUAUGCCGAUUAAUGAGUCCUAUGUCUUGCUCCACACUGCCAGCUUGAUUGGACUGUUUACCUGCGUAUUCGUAAGACAAGAAACGCGUGAAAGGAUUACGAACGUAAGCGCAGCGGAGGUCAAACGUGGAAUGGGCGGUCUUCAUGGAAAUAAGGGCGCACUCAUUCUCAGAUUCCUCCUGGAUGAUAGUUCUCUGUGCUUCGUUAACUGCCACUUAGCGGCUGGCCAAAGCCAGACAGCACACAGAAAUAACGACAUCGCCGCCAUUAUGGAAAGCGAAGCACUUCCCAGAGAACCCAGCCUGUCAGCUCGAAUUGAUCGCUAUACUGGUGGUGGAGAUGGAUCGAUGAUUCUCGACCAUGAAAUAUGCAUAUUAAACGGAGAUCUCAAUUACCGCAUCGACUCAAUUCCUCGAAACACAGUGAUUGAAGCCGUUAAAGCUAAUAAUCUUCCAAAGCUGCUUGAUCGAGAUCAACUUUUGGCCUCAAAGCGCAAGAAUCCUGGGUUCCGGCUUCGCACAUUCAAUGAAGCGCCCAUAACCUUCGCACCGACAUAUAAAUACGAUGUUGGCACUGAUGAUUACGAUUCAAGUGAGAAAAAGCGAGCACCGGCAUGGUGUGAUCGGCUUCUAUAUCGUGGCUUCGGUCGCAUCAAGCAAUUGGAAUAUAGACGGCAUGAAGUUCGUGUAUCCGACCACAGACCAGUCAGCGGCACUUUCAAGAUAAGAGUCAAGUCAAUAGUUCCAAAGAAGCGAACGGCAACAUGGGAUAGUUGCCAGGAAGAAUUUCUCUCUGAGAAGCAACGCCUGGCUACUGAAGCUAGGUAUAUACUCCCCACCUUUGUUUAUCGUGAUGGCAGUUUGACAUCAUUUACUAAUCCCUUGCUAAAUAGUGUGUCGUAUCUUGUCCGCUUUCUAGGACUGAGCCCACGAGAAGCUUAUGCCCUAAUAACGUCGCCUCCAGGGGCAUAA